AUGUGGGCCAGCACACAGAAUGAAAGCCUGAAGCAGAAAAUGUCAUCUCUUGUUGCUGGCCUGUCUGAUUGUCAGGAGAAAAUAGGAACUGGAUAUCUAUCUGCAUUUCCAUCUGAGUUGUUUGAUCGAUUUGAAGCUGUUCAACCUGUUUGGGCUCCCUAUUAUACUAUUCACAAGAUUUUGGCUGGCCUCUUGGAUCAACAUACAUUUGCUGGAAACCCUCAAGCUCUAAAAAUGACAACAUGGAUGGUUGAUUACUUCUACAACAGAGUACAGAAUGUAAUAACAAAGUACACUAUAAAUAGACACUAUCAAUCACUGAACGAGGAAACUGGAGGAAUGAAUGAUGUCCUUUACAGAUUAUACAGUAUAACAGGAGAUUCCAAGCAUCUGUUGUUGGCUCACCUUUUUGACAAACCGUGCUUUUUAGGGUUGCUUGCAGUGCAGGCUAACGACAUUGCUGAUUUUCAUGCUAAUACACAUAUUCCAGUUGUUGUUGGAUCUCAAAUGCGGUAUGAAAUCACAGGAGAUCCACUUUAUAAGGCAAUUGGGACAUUCUUUAUGGACCUCAUAAACUCUUCUCACAGCUAUGCAACAGGAGGGACAUCAGUCAGCGAGUUUUGGAGUAAUCCAAAGAGAAUAGCGGACAACUUAAGAACGACAGAAAAUGAAGAAUCGUGCACCACUUAUAAUAUGUUGAAGGUUUCACGCCACCUCUUUAAAUGGACCAAAGAAGUCUCUUAUGCAGACUAUUAUGAGCGUGCCUUGACCAAUGGAGUGCUCAGCAUUCAAAGAGGAACAGAUCCUGGAGUGAUGAUUUACAUGCUUCCACUAGGUCCUGGGGUUUCCAAGGCUAAAACUGGACAUAGUUGGGGAACACCGUUUGACUCUUUCUGGUGCUGCUAUGGAACAGGAAUUGAAUCAUUCUCCAAGCUGGGGGAUUCUAUCUAUUUUGAAGAGGAAGGGAAAGAUCCUGCACUUUACAUCAUUCAGUACAUAUCAAGCUCGUUUAACUGGAAAUCUGGCAAAAUUUUGCUCAAUCAAACAGUUGUUCCAGCUGCUUCAUGGGAUCCUUACCUACGAGUGACAUUUACGUUUGCUCCUGUAGAGAGUAAGCGUCCUCAUGAUCUGGGAAAGAUUUGGUCUGUUUCUGUUGUUCUAAACCCUUCUGCACUAAUGAUUUCACUUUUCAAUGUACCCUAUACUGCUUUAGUGCCUCAGCAUGUGAAACAUCGUGUCAUGUUGGCUUCUAGUGGUGUAUUCGAUUUUGGAUUAGUCCCCGGCCUGCAAACAGAACUUGGUGGUGAAGGCCUAUUGAGUUCUUCGUCUACAUUGAACUUUCGACUACCAAGUUGGACUCGUCUGGAUGGUGCCAAGGGCAUACUAAAUGGUGAAUCUUUAUCGCUGCUAACUCCAGGAAGUUUUUUGUCAAUCACUAGACAAUGGAGUGCUAAUGACAAGCUCACCCUUCAGCUGCCCCUUACCGUAAGAACAGAGGCCAUAAAAGAUGACAGGCCUGAAUAUGCAUCUGUUCAGGCGAUUCUGUAUGGUCCCUAUCUUCUUGCGGGUCAUGCAACUGGUCGUGAUUGGUACCUUAAAGCUGGAACAAACGAUGCAGACUGGAUUACUCCUGUUCCUGCCAGUUACAAUAGUCAACUAGUUUCUUUUUACCAAGACUUUGAAAAAUCAACUUUUGUGUUGGCAAAUUCAAACCAAUCAUUUGCAAUGCAAGAGUUGCCUGAAUCUGGCACUGAUGUGGAUCCUAGGGCAACCUUUAGGCUCGUCCUAAAAGAAUCUUCCUCAAUGUUUUCAACAUUGGCAGAUGCUAAUGAUAGAUCACUGAUGCUAGAACCAUUUGAUCUCCCUGGAAUGAAUGUGAUUCACCAAGGAGCAGACAAACCUCUUGUCAUAGUAGAUUCUUCCCUUGGGGGCCCAUCUUCUGUUUUUCUUGUGGUACCAGGGUUGGAUGGAAGAAAUGAAACCAUAUCUUUAGAAUCGCAGAGCAACAAGGGCUGUUAUGUGUAUAGUGAUUUGAGCUCUAGUGCAGGAGUCAAGCUCAGUUGCAAAUCCAAUUCUGACGCUUCUUUUAACCAAGCAACAAGCUUUGUUGCUCGGGAAGGAUUGAGCCAAUACAAUCCAAUCAGUUUUGUGGCUAAAGGGGUAAACAGGAAUUAUCUUUUGCAGCCAUUACUCACAUUUAGAGAUGAGCCUUACACAGUUUAUUUUAAUAUUCAAGAUUCAUAG